CUCACUCACUCACUUUUCAGCGAUGCAGCUGGAGUCGCAGGGAACCUAUUUGCGUUCGUGUUGUUUGCAUCUCCAAUACCCACAUUCAGUAGAAUCGUGAGAAACCGUUCGACGGAACAGUUCUCGGGACUGCCCUACAUAUAUACACUCCUGAACUGCUUGAUCUGUCUCUGGUAUGGAUUGCCACAUGUAUCGCCUGGUAUCAUAUUGGUGGCUACAGUUAAUUCUGUAGGGGCAGUUUUUCAAUUAGUCUAUGUAAUCCUCUUCAUUGUGUAUGCGGAUAAAGGGAAAAAGAUGAGAAUGUUGGGACUGUUGCUUGCCGUUUUUGGUGCAUUUGCGGUCAUAGCGUAUGUGAGCAUGACGUUUUUCGACUCUCACACGCGACAGUUGUUUGUUGGAUGCUUGAGUGUUGCUUCUCUCAUAUCCAUGUUUGCUUCCCCACUAUUUGUAAUUAAUUUGGUGAUCCGGACUAAGAGUGUCGAGUUCAUGCCUUUCUAUCUUUCCCUUGCGACCUUCCUGAUGAGCAUCUCUUUCCUCACUUAUGGGGUGUUGAAAUCAGAUCUAUUCAUUUAUUUGCCAAAUGGGAUAGGAACCAUUCUUGGGGCAAUACAACUGUCACUUUAUGCUUACUACAGCAGAAUGUCUGGUGACGGCUCAAGAGAACCCUUGAUACCAUCCUUUGCUUGAUGAAUAUGUUUGAAAUAGAUGCAAAGGUAAAUGUCAGUUGUCUUUAUUGUAAAUUCGUAGCCCUUUUGUCUUGCUAUUUAUGAAAUGCUUUGCAUUAUUCUUGAGUGGAGAAGUUUGCAACUUGCAAACUUUCCAGAUGAAAUUCUUCCUGUAACCAUUCUUGCUCCCAUGAGUGUAUUUUUUUGUGUAUUAAGAGUUGACAGCAUAUUUGUGAAGUCCUGGAAAGAUGAUGAAAAUAAAAGAUUGUUUACCAUCUUUGCAA